UUGCAAUUUAUACAGGGUGGUCUAACAGUAGCGCGUCAGGUUGCAAACCUGCCGACGCUACCAAAACAAUUGACGCUCGAGGAGAAGAAAUAUCUUCUGGCCGUAGAAAGAGGAGACUUGGCAAAUGUUAGAAGAAUGCUCCAAAAAGCUCAUCGGAAGAAAAAUAUGGAUAUCAACUGCGUAGAUGCUCUUGGUAGAGGAGCUCUUACCAUGGCUAUUGAAGGGGAGAACCUUGAAAUGGUAGAACUGUUGAUUGUGAUGGGAGUUACCACCAAGGAUGCGUUGCUGCAAGCUAUAAACUCGGAAUUUGUUGAGGCGGUGGAACUAUUAUUGGAGCACGAGGAAUUAAUUCACAAGCAUCCAGAACCAUACAGUUGGCAGAAAGUGGAUCAAAAUACAGCUAUGUUCACACCCGAUAUAACACCGCUUAUGUUGGCAGCGCACAAAAAUAACUACGAAAUAAUCAAGCUGCUGCUUGAUCGUGGUGCGACGUUACCAGAUCCUCAUGACAUACGGUGUGGCUGUGACAUCUGUAUAAGAGAUUCUUCGGAUGAUUCUCUGAGACACUCACUAGCAAGACUCAACACUUACCGAGCUUUGGCGUCACCAUCAUUAAUAGCUUUGUCAGCAACUGAUCCUAUACUGACUGCUUUUCAAUUAUCUUGGGAGUUACGAAAUUUGGCUUUUGCAGAACAGGAAAGUAAAUCACAGUACUUAGAACUUCGACGGCAAGCGCAGCAGUUUGCAGUGGAUUUGUUGGAUCAAUCAAGGAGUUCGAAGGAGUUGGCAAUUAUUUUGAACCACGACCCUGAAGAAGCGCCUUUUGAGGAAGGAGAGCAUAUGAAGUUAGCCAGAUUGGAAUUGGCGAUAAACUUAAAGCAGAAAAAGUUUGUCGCCCAUCCAAAUAUCCAGCAAUUAUUAGCAACCAUUUGGUAUGACGGUGUACCAGGGUUCCGUAGAAAGACUGCCUUCGAAAAGAUCAUGAUAAUAAUGAGAGUGGCAUUAAUGUUUCCGUUUUAUUGCUGUAUGUAUAUGAUAGCUCCUAACUGCUCUACCGGCAGAUUAGUGAGGAAACCCUUCAUGAAGUUUUUGAUACACGCUUCAAGCUAUUUGUUCUUUUUGUUGAUUCUAAUCUUGGUGUCUCAAAGAGUUGAUGUCCAGUUGAUCCAGACGUUUGGUCCAGAGUGGAUGGUGAAAGACCUGGAUCAGGAAUUGAUGAAACAACGAGGGAAUGGACCUACAUACUUGGAGCUUGUUGUGUUGAUAUAUGUUGUUGGUUUCAUCUGGCAAGAAACUCAUGAGAUCUACAUCGAAGGUAUCCGUUCCUAUCUCCGAAACAUGUGGAACUUCAUCGAUUUCACUAGAAACUCUCUAUACGUGGCAGUAGCUAUCCUUCGACUAGCUGCUUACAUUCAACAGACAGCUGAAAUUAAAAAGGACCCUCAAACUAGAUUUAUUCCACGAGAACAAUGGGAUGCCUUCGACCCUCAAUUGAUUGCGGAAGGGCUGUUCGCUGCGGCUAAUAUAUUUAGUGCCCUCAAGUUGGUGCACCUGUUCUCCAUAAACCCUCACCUUGGCCCGCUUCAGAUAUCUUUGGGUCGUAUGGUUAUAGACAUCGUCAAGUUCUUCUUCAUAUACAGUCUGGUGCUUUUCGCUUUCGCUUGUGGUCUGAACCAAUUGCUUUGGUACUUUGCUGAUUUGGAAAAGCGUAAGUGUUACGUCUUACCUGGUGGAUUGCCGGAUUGGGAUCACGCUGGUGAUUCAUGUAUGAAGUGGCGCAGCUUUGGCAAGUGA